AUGCGAAGAUCAUGUACCUACCUACAUAUAUUUAUUGACUCUAAAUAACGAAACUACUGAAGAAGCAACAGACAUUAAAAGAAGUAAUUACCUAAAUAUUUCUACGAUCAACGCAUAGUAAAUGUCGAAGAAAAAGCUACCAGAAACGGGUUAUCUGUUCGGACCGGCGGCCCCAUAUGUUUCGAAUUAGCGUUGUGCGCAUGCGUCGGUGAUUACAGUUUUAAUGGGCAAGUUUUUAAAAUAAAAUGUCGUUUACAACUUGGUAUCAUCUUAGUUGUUGUGAUCUUUGUAGACUUGGGUCGUGUAGUUGGGUUUUAAUUUGGAUUUUAUAAACGUGUUCGUGUUCUGUUAGCCUUUUUCGUGGUCUUGGAAAAAUGGCUGCUGAAAUCAAGCAUAAUUUAUCCGCUGUGUUGUACGAUAUCGAUAAUAUUCAACUCGAACAUCGAGAUAUCCCAGAAGUCGGAGAUUACGAUGCUUUGUUGGAAAUGUGCUGCGUGGGUAUUUGUGGUUCCGAUCUCCACUACUGGAAGAGAGGUCGAAUUGCUGAUUUCAUUGUGAAAGAACCGAUGGUCAUGGGGCACGAAUCCAGUGGUAUUGUUGUAAAAGUAGGAAGCAAAAUCAGACAUCUUAAAGCAGGUGAUAGAGUAGCCAUCGAACCCGGUGUACCCUGCCGAAGAUGCUUAUAUUGUAAAAAAGGCCAAUACAACUUGUGCCCCGACAUCGUCUUCUGUGCCACACCACCCCAUCAUGGUAACAUGGGACGCUACUACGUCCACCCAGCAGAUUUCUGUUACAAAUUACCAGAUAACGUAUCAUUAGAAGAGGGUGCCCUUUUGGAGCCUUUAUCCGUGGGCGUGCACGCUUGUAGAAGAGGAAAUGUUCAAGUUGGUUCUACAGUUUUGAUUUUAGGCUGCGGUCCGAUUGGUUUGGUGACAUUGCUUACUGCUAAAGCAAUGGGAGCUUCUAAAGUUGUUAUUACAGAUAUCAUCGAAAGUAGGCUGGAAGUAGCCAAAGAACUGGGAGCAGACUAUACAGUUGUGGUAAAACCAGAUGAUUCAGAAGAACAUUUAUCAGAAGUGAUCACAGAAUUAUUAGAAGAUAUGCCAAGCAUUACCAUCGAUUGUUCCGGAUUCGAAACAACUAUUAAAUUAGGUUUAAAGGUCACGAAACCCGGUGGUACAUUGGUAGUCGUUGGUAUGGGAGCUGCAGAAGUUAAAAUACCUCUAAUAUCAGGUUUAUGCAAAGAAGUAGAUAUUAAAGGAUGUUUCAGAUAUGCCAACGACUACGAAUCAGCUCUUGCAAUGGUUGCCACUGGUAAAGUGAACGUCAAAAGACUGAUAACACAUAACUAUAAAAUGGAAGAAGUUGUCAAAGCUUUCAAUACAGCUCAUACUGGAGCUGGAAAUGCCAUCAAAGUUAUGAUUCACUGCAGGUCCGAAGCUUCAUUAUACAAGAAUGAAAUUUAAUUUAUUAGAAUGUAUCACCUGAAUGAAAUUUAUUCGUUGAUCGUAUGAUACUGUUUAUUUUUGGAUUUGUUGAAAAUUUUGAUGCAGUUGUAUCAUCGUGAUAUUUAUUUUUAAGCAGCAAAUCUAAAUAUUUUUCAAUGCACCAGUUGUUUCUGAUCAUUUUUCAUAUUUUGAGUACACAAAUUAUUCCUAUAAAAAUAUAUCGUUAUUUAUUAAGCAUUUUAAAUGAAAGUAUUUUGUUUGAAUUAAGUUCUAGUUGAUGUAUUAGUGAUAUUUGUGUACAAAUAAUUUUCCAAUUGAUAAAAAAAAUUUAUGUUGGACAACAUCAAA